GUAUUUGCUGUCCUAAUACGCUUUCUUCCGCUGCAGGCAGAGCUGCUGUGCGCCAAACCACGAGCAACUUCUUGGGUAUGGAGCUCUCAACCUCCACAGCCAAUCCCUCUUUCUUCUUCAACCACAGCAGCAUCAGUUCCUUCCCUUUCAACGAGUUCCUCUCACCUGCAACUCUUAAAAUUCCCCCAGUAUCCUCUGCGUCUCUUUUCCUACGCUCCAAACAUAGCCUUAUUUCCGGGAAUAAAAGGAGAAGAAUAAAAAGUCAUACCUUCAUAUCCCGGACUGCCCAUUUCAACCCCGUGGCCAAUGUUCAACUCAGUGACAUAGCAGCAGCUCGAGUGGAAGAGCCAGUGGAGGUUGAGGUUGCAGAGGGUUACACCACAACUCAAUUUUGUGAUAAGAUUAUUGAAGUCUUUUUAAAUGAAAAGCCGAAGGCAAAGGAAUGGAGGAAGUAUAUGGUGUUCAGAGAGGAGUGGAAAAAGUAUAGGGAAACCUUCUAUAAUCGGUGUCGUUCUCGUGCAGAUGCAGAAACUGAUCCUACUAUGAAGCAGAAAUUGAUUUCACUGGGACGAAAGGUUAAGAAGAUUGAUGAUGAAAUGGAAGGACAUAGCGAACUUCUUAAGGAGAUCCAAGACAGUCCAACGGACACCAAUGCAAUUGUUUCACAGCGGCGUAAAGACUUCACAGGAGAAUUUUUCAGCUACCUCACUCUAGUGUCAGAGACUUACGACAGUUUGGAGGAUCGUGAUGCAAUGGCACGACUGGGGGCUAGGUGCUUGUCCGCUGUCAGUGCUUAUGAUAAUACCCUGGAAUAUGUGGAUACAUUAGAUGUUGCUCAGGCCAAAUUUGAUGAUAUCCUUGACUCUCCUUCAGUGGAUGUGGCAUGUGAGAAGAUUAAAAGCCUUGCCAAAGCAAAGGAACUUGAUUCCUCAUUGAUUCUGUUGAUAAAUAGUGCUUGGGCUUCGGCAAAGGAAUCCACAACUAUGACAAAUGAGGUCAAAGAUAUAAUGCAUCGCUUAUAUAAGGCCACAAAGAGCAGUCUUAGGAGCAUUGCGCCAAAAGAAAUAAAGCUGCUUAAGCAUUUGCUGAACAUCACAGAUCCUGAAGAGCGGUUCUCGGCACUGGCAACAGCUUUCUCUCCUGGUGAUGGACAGGAAGCCAAGGACCCUAAUGCUUUAUACACGACUCCCAUGGAGCUGCACAAAUGGAUUAAAAUCAUGCUUGAUGCGUUCAAUCUCAACACAGAAGAUUCUGACAUUAGGGAAGCCAAACAAAUGGCUCAGCCUGUGGUUAUACAAAGGCUGUCCAUCCUUAAGGAAACCAUUGAAGAGGAAUAUUUGGAGCACAGCAUGUUUCAAGAUUCUAAAACAGAAGGGGACACUAAAUCGGAUGAGUUGUGAGGUGCUACUCAUUUCAUCUCUAGAAAAGCACUACCAUCAGCUGCCAAGUUCAUACUAUGGACUAAACUGCAGUUUUAUGAUAAAGCUUAAGUUCUCAACGGUGAAUUGCAGGAGUAAAUGGCAUCGCACAUCUUUGUCUUCAUUAUCGACUCUCUUU